AUGCCUUUUGCCAGGUCUGAUCUCAAUGAACCUCUAUUGGAGCGUAUGGAGAACGGCGAGAUGAUGCCAAGCAUCGAAAUACCUAUGUUGUGCAAGGACGACGAUGAACUCACGCAGGAUGAACUGUUAUGCAUCCGCGAGCUCAGAGAGAGGCUGAAGAACUUGGACCUGACCAGCAGAUACGUUACGCAUGAUUGGCUCAAGUUGGCUUGGUCGCGUAAUCUUGAUAUAGACAAGGCUGAGGCUCUGGCACGUCGCCAUGAAGAUCUUCUGAGGAAGCUACCCAUCCGAGAAAUACCAGAAUCCGAUAUCCAACGCAACUUCAGUGCAGGGUUCAGCGUGAAGGCUGGACGUGACCUCGACGGGAGGCCCAUGGGAUGG